AUGCCGGCCGCCACCAACACGCUGCAGGCAUCGCCCACGGGCGGCGUCCACAAAAAGUUUGGCACCUUUGCCGGCCUGGGCCAGAUGUCGACCAACAAGAGCGCGACCAGCUCGGCCGCCUCGGGAGGCACCGUCGGCACCCGGCCCAGCGUCAAGGGCCUGUUUGAGGCGAGCGGCAACGACGCCGGCGCCGGCGCCAGCUCACGCGCUGCGCUCUCCGCCGAGGCUGGCGGCGCAAACGGCUCCGCCGCCCGCAGCGCCAGCGACGGGCCGUGGAGCAUCAGCGUGGCCGAGGUGCCGGACAAGCGCGAGGGCCGCAAGCGCAAGCACCAGCAGACGGCCUACACCCUCUACAUCACCACACCCACCCACAACAUCACCCUGACGCGCUCCGGCGCCGAGAUCGUCGAGCUCGACCAGCGGAUCCGCGAGAACCAGUCGGUGAGCACCUCGCUGCCGAGCCUCCCUUCGCUGCCGUCGGCGGCUCCCCAGACGAGCGGGCGCAGGAUCCUCAAGACCAUCUCUCGGACGCUGUCGCCGAGCGGCAGCCGCAACCGCGCCGCCCUCGAGGGCCUGCGGCUCGAGCCGACGACGCCGACGUCGCUGACCGCCGAGGCGCGCCGCCUCGCUUCGCCGCCUCCCUCGGCCCCGCUCUCGCCGGCCAUGGACGAGAAGGCGGCCGUCUCGGCGCACCACUCGACCACGACCCAGCUGGCCACCUACUUUACGACCAUCUCCAACCUCCCCUUCAUCCGGAGGCACAAGGCGUGGGUCAAGUUCACGCGCGUCGGGUCCGACGACUUGCAGAGCGUCCGCGUCGAGCGCCGGGUCCGCAAGGUGCGCAGCGACCUGGCCCAGCACGUCAAGUCGUCGGUCGCCCCGACCAACACCAACGUCGGCGUUGGCCCCAGCGACUCGGACCUCGGCGAGGACGACGGCGGCCGCACCGACGACGAGCGCGAGGGCCCGCCUGCAAAGGAGCAGAGGCUGGGCAGCGCCUCGCCCAGGCCACCGCACAGCGGCAGCGCCAUGUCGCUGGUGCCGGAGCGCAGGAGCAGCGUCGCCGGCUCCAUGACGCGCCCCGACGUGCCCGUCCGCUCGAGCUCCGUCGACAAGGGCUCCAACAUCGGCGACGCCAGCAUGUCGCCCAACGCCGCGAGCCAGGACACGGAGCGGCAGAGGAGCCACGCCGGCAUACCCGAGGAGCAGCGCAUGGACGAGUCGGGCGACGACGCCGAGGCGUCCGCUCCCCGGCGCCGAUCCACGCGCCGGGGCCAGCGCAGGACGCGCGAGAGCGAAAAGGUGACGGUCGACGACUUUGAGAUGAUCCGUGUCCUCGGCAAGGGUUGCGCCGGCAAGGUGCUCCUCGUGCGGCACAACGAGUCGCGCGGGCUGUUCGCGAUGAAGUCAAUCUACAAGCGCCACGUGCUAGCCCACCAGGAGCUGCAGCACACGCUGACCGAGCAGUCGGUGCUCAAGCGGAUGGUCAAGGAGGUCAUGGACCCGUUUGUCGUGCGCCUCUGGUGGUCGUUCCACGACCGCAACAACCUCUACCUGGUGAUGGACUUCCACCCGGGCGGCGACCUGGCGACGCAGCUGUCGCGCUGGGGCCGCCUGGGCCGCGACCGCGCACGCUUCUACGCCGCCGAGAUUGUCGAAGGCGUCGAGGGCCUGCACAAGGCCGGCGUCAUCUACCGCGACCUCAAGCCCGAGAACGUGCUCAUCGGCGCCGACGGGCACAUUGUGCUGUCCGACUUUGGCCUGUCGAAGGAGUUUUCGGGCCACGCGCCCGUCGCCAACGGAUCUUCGACGCCGCCGCCGGGCUCGCCGGGGCGCUCCAAGUCGAGCAACAACGUGCGCUCGGCCCACUGGCUCUCGGCCUCGGACGACACGUCGGUGUCGAGCCCGUCGACCAGCCGCUUCCUAGACAAGCGCGAGACGACGUCGACGUUUUGCGGCACGGCCGAGUACCUGGCGCCCGAGGUCAUCCAGGGCCUGCCCUACUCGUACGAGGUCGACUGGUGGUCCUUUGGCACGAUGCUCUACGAGAUGCUCACCGGCAUAACGCCCUUCUGGGCCGACACCCACGCCGACAUGUACGUGCGCGUGCUGCAGGACGAGCUCGUCUUCCCCGAGGACCGCGUCCUCGACCAGGACACCAAGAGCAUCAUCCGCGGCCUGCUGCAGCGCAACCCGAUGCUGCGGAUGAAGGAGCCGCGCAUCAAGAAACACCCCUACUUUUCCAUGAUCGAGUGGGACCACAUCUUCCACAAGCGCUACAUCCCGCCCUACAUCCCGCCCAUCGACCCGCAGAACGAGGUCGACACGCAAAACUUUGACGAGACGUUCCUCGAGAUGCAGCCCACGGUGGCACACGCAGCAGAGGAGGACGAGGAGGCCGAGGCGGCGGCGGCGGCGGCAGCGGGCGUGGCCAGCAACGGCGACAACACCGCGGCCGACCAGAGCAAGGACUCGGCCAACAAUGCGUUGGCGGCGGCGGGCGCGGCAGCCGUCGACCAGAGCCACCUCUUUGACGGCUACUCAUUCCGGGGCCGUCGGGAUUCCGAGUCGAUCCGGUCCUCGAUCAUGUCGAUCGAGCAGGAUGAGCCGUCGGCCGUCGAGGACGCCGUCGUCGAGAGCAGCAGCGCCGCCACUCCCGUCGCCGACACGACGCGGUCCGACACGACCACGGCCAUGGACGAGGACGAGGACGAGGAGUCGGCCGCGCGGGCCGCCGUGGCCGCGCUGGCGAGGCUCGAGAGCGAGGCCGACGCCGAAGCGCAGCACCUCGCCCACGGGUCCACGACGCUCUCGGAGUCGACGCAGCCCGGCUCGGUGGGUCCGAGUCGCGAGGCGACGUCCAACGGCACCUCGGACAGCGACCACUCGCACGCCAGCAACCUCUACAGCUCGCCGGCCAGCAGCUACACGAGCAAGCCGGGCACCAAGGCGGUGCUAUCGGCGGGCGGGCAGCCCACCAACGCGGCCAUCCGCGAGCACGACGACGAGGACGACGACUGGGACAUGAUCGACGUCGGUGGCCCCGACGGCGCGCUCAAGUCCGAGAUGAACGGCGGCAAGGGGGCCAACCUGUUUGCGCGCGGCGUGGUCGACACGUACCGGCUGCUGCGGCGGCAGGAGUCGUCGCGCCUGCCGAGCUCGACGAGCUACGGCUCGACGUCGAGCCGGCCGUUUAACCGCCUGGGCAAGCGGCGCACCAUGGUCGGGGCGGGCUCGAUGAGGAACAAGCCGUCGACGGGCAACCUGACGUCGGCCAGCGCGCAGAGCCUCGACCCGCGGCCGAGCGAGCGCAGCGGCGCCGAGGACACGUCGGGCGACCAGUCGCUCCUCUCGCCGCAGCUCGAGUCGGGCGGCAGCCGGCUGGGCGACGCCAACGGCCCGUCGAGCCCCGAAAAUGGCCGCCGCAAGGUCGUCUCGCCGAGCCUCUCUGGUUCCGAGGAGAACAAGUACCAGACGCGCAUGAAGAAGAUCAAGCGCUUCACCACGUUCUUUGAGCCGGCCAGCUACCGGUCAUAG